AGUGCUCACUCAUCACUGAGUUCUGUGUGCGCCGGGGAACAGAACGCUAAUCACUAAUCACUAACUCGUAUAUUCGCUCAGCUCGUUCGAGCUAGUUAAUAACUAUUAGUCCACCACGUGGCAGCCGGGUUGGUCGGGCGGUAAUGUUGAAGUCAGUGAGCUGUUAGCGUCGAGGCUAACUGUUUUGCUGGUUGAUACAGUAGAGCUAUUUUAAGUUGCUAGCUUUAGCUAGCUCAGCUAGCUCCUGACGUGCUAGCUAACGUUGCUCCGUGCGGUUGAAAAGCCGCGGUUGAGUUUCCUCCGUCCACAGCAGGUCGAGCUCUGAAGGAGCCCUUCCUCCUGCUGCUCUGAUCGGUGUGUUUGUGUCGCAGCAUGGCGCUCAAGUCGGGAGAGGAGCGUCUGAAGGAGAUGGAGGCGGAGAUGGCUCUGUUUGAGCAGGAGGUUCUCGGUGGCCCAGUGCCAGUGUCGGGAGGCCCCCACGUUAUGGAGGCCGUACCUGUAGCUCUGGCCGUCCCAACACUUCCAGUUAUGCGAGCCAUUAUUGGCACAAACACCUACAGACAGGUCCAGCAGACAUUAGAGGCCAGAGCUGCUAGUUUUGUUGGUCCUCCACCUCCGACCUUCGUGGGACCAGCUCCUCCAGUUCGCCCUCCCCCUCCUCCCAUGAUGAGACCAGCCUUCGUCCCACACAUCCUGCAGAGACCCGCUGGUCAGAGGAUGCCGAUGAUGCGAGGUCCUUCGGUAGCUCCUCCUCUGCCCAGGCCCCCUCCACCUCCUCCCAUGAUGCUCCCUCCCUCGCUGCAGGGCCAGGCGCCUCAGGGUGCUCGUCAGCCCAUGCAGCAGCACAUGGCUGCCGCCCCUCAGGUCCGUGACAUGGUCACCAUGGUGUCGGCCCCGAUCUCACGCCAGGGAGUUCCGCCUCCCGUCAAACCGAGCCAGUCGAUCAUCCAGGCAGCACCGACCGUGUACUCGGCUCCUCCCGCCCCCGUCGGACAUAAAAGAAUCGAUGUCAGAGCUCAGAGACAAGCCAGAAUGGAGGAGCUGGCAGCUCGUGUGGCCGAGCAGCAGGCAGCGGUGAGGGCCGCAGGUCUGCUGGACAAGAAGGAAAGUGAAGACAGCGGCGCCAUCAUCGGACCCAACAUGCCUGAGCCCGCCCACCCUGAGCCUGUGGAAACUGCUGCAGACGACAAGAAGAGAGCAAAGUCUGACAAGGUGAAGAAGUGCAUCAGGACGGCAGCAGGGACGAGCUGGGAGGACGCCAGCCUGCUGGACUGGGAAUCAGAUGAUUUCCGUAUAUUCUGCGGCGACCUCGGCAACGAGGUCAAUGACGACAUACUGGCCCGAGCCUUCAGCAGAUACCCGUCGUUCCUCAAAGCCAAGGUGGUGAGAGACAAACGAACAGGAAAGACCAAAGGCUACGGCUUCGUCAGCUUCAAAGACCCAAACGAUUACGUCCGAGCCAUGAGGGAGAUGAACGGGAAGUACGUCGGCAGUCGGCCAAUCAAACUGAGGAAGAGCAUGUGGAAGGACCGCAACAUGGAAGUGGUUCGCAAGAAACAGAAGGAGAAGAAGAAACUGGGCCUGAGAUAGUGUGUGUGUGUGUGUGUGUGUGUGUGUGAACAACUCUUGUGAUUUGUCCGAUCAGAGGUGGAAUCUGUUUUUUCUUCCUUUAAUAAAACAUCAUUUAUUAA